GAACAUAACAAUGUUUCCGUCAGAAGUUACUGCAGCUGCACACCCACGAAUCGUCGCACCAAGAGUUGGUAGUCUCAACGGGCACUGCAAAGAUGCUACUAACGGAAAAAGAGAAGAGGAUGAUGGGGAAGCUGGUGAAGGAUCAGAAAUACGUGGACAACGAAUUCUCUUUGGAAUCAGAUGGAGUGGAACGGAAGCGACCCCACGAGCUCACCGCCAAACCGGAACUGUUUAUUGAUGGUCCUAGCCACAUGGAUGUAAAACAAGAAGGCUUGGGCGAUUGCUGGUUUUUGUGUGUUGCUUCAGUUAUUGCACAACAUCCACAUCUCAUUCAUCAGAUUAUUCCAAGGGACCAAUAUCUUUAUGGAAACGAAUAUCAAGGAAUAUUGGCUUUUCGUUUCUGGAAUUUAGGCCAGUGGAAAACUGUGUAUAUUGAUGACACUCUGCCACUUGAUGAAAAUGGUGAACUUAUCUACAGCAGGUGCACCAAAAGCAAUGAAUUCUGGCUACCCCUUUUGGAGAAAGCGUUUGCCAAAUUCCAUGGAAGUUACAGCGUCAUUGAAGGAGGAUUUUCUAGUGAGGCGUUUUUGUGUCUCUCCGGUUACAUCACUAAAGAGUAUAGGUGUAGCAGAUUCGACCAUCGUCAGUUGCAUGACCUGUUUGAUAUGGAGAUUCAGCACAAUUCUCUCAUCGCGACUGGAUCAAUGGACACCGACGAAGAACAAGGCAUUGCUGAAUAUCAUGCUUACUCCGUGACUGGUGCAUAUAUGGUGCGUGCGGGAGACUCCUUCAUUCGCUUGGUGCGAGUGAGGAAUCCGUGGGGCGACGUAGAAGAUUCCGAGUGGAAGGGCGCCUUCAGUGACAAAGAUCCGAAAUGGACUGGUGUACAUCCAGAAACUAGAAAGAAAAUGGAAUACGUAAAGGACGAAGAUGGGCAGUUCUUCAUGAAAACAGCUCAUUUUAAGAAACAUUUUCCACAAUUCACUGUGGCAUCACGAUAUCCUAACUUUGGUGAUUGUUAUGAAACACCUGCUCACCAAAUUUACGUUGUCAAUAACGUUUGGGAAAAAGGAAUCUCUGUAGUUGGAGAUGUUGACUAUGCAGAGAAUUUUCUAAGGAAUCCGCAGUAUCUUCUCACUGUUGAAGAGUUAGAUGAAGAACAAGGAAAUAAAAGUGAUGAAGAAGAAGAAAAAGAAAAAGAACAGGAAGAAGAAGAAGAUAAAAUUCAUCCAAAAUAUAACGUUAUCAUUGAGCUUGUUCAAGAACAGAAUAGAACCAAGUACGAAGACGAACAGUAUGGUAUCGGUGUAACCGUUUUUCAGGUAAAUUUAGGCUUGUGUGAAUGA